AUGCCUCCUCCAUUCCAGUUCAGAGGAAACUCGAACCAGCGCGGUUCCCGACCAAGACAUGAGUUCACGUUCCGGUACCAGAAACCUGCCACCGCGGACCGACCGUUGUUAUCGACGAGGAUGGAAAGCGCGCCGGAACUCUUGUCUGGCGAUUCAAAGUCCAACCUCAAAUUUGCACCUCUUGCCUCUUUGAGCGAUAGCGAAGAGGUGGAAAUGGACAUAUCUGACGAUUCUGACGACGAGCGACCGCGCAAGAAACGUGCCCUCGGUUUCGGUUUGGAUGGAGCCCAGGAUAUCGAGACAUCUGUUCCUGCACCUAAAUGGUCGAAUCCCGACCCCUACACCGCACUGCCCCCUCCAGCUGAAGUGACAAACAAACGGGUGGAUGUUGUCAAGUUGAUUCGCAAAGCAAGACUUGAAGUUGCCUCCAAGGUGGACGAGACAGACGCUGUCAAGCAGAACUCAGACUUCAUUUCUCUCGGCAUGGAGAAUGAAUCAGAUAUGCCCCAGAGCAACGCUCCCAACAAUGCUCCCCGAGGACCGAGGGCUUUGGAAGGGUUAGAUUCCGCCAUCGCAAGCCGAAAGCGAACCCGAGACGAUGAAAUCAAAGGAUACUCCAGGAAGACUGGAAAGCCUGCGAGCAGAUUCAAUUACGAUGGUUCAAUUAUCGACCAGUGGAGACCACUCUCACAAAAGAUCGGCACGCCUUGGUUUGAGGGCACGCCAUCUACUUUACACGUCGGAACACAAUUGCACAACGAGAUCCUCAGUUUCUAUCACUGGGUGAAGCCACACUAUUUCGAAGACAUCGUGCGCACGGAUCUUGUCAACCGCUUGGAGAUCGCGUUUCGGAGCCGAUACCCUGGUGCUGAAAUCAAGCCUUUUGGCUCAUUUGCCUCAGGUCUCUACUUGCCAACGGCCGAUAUUGAUUUAGUAUUGCUGUCGCCGCAAUUCAGGCGCUCGGGAGUCCGACACUUCGGAGAGAGAAAGGGCCAGAUCUACUCUUUUUCAGCCUUCCUAAGGGACUUGAACAUUGCUGUUCCCAACUCGAUCGAGUGCAUUGCCUCUGCUCGAGUACCCAUCCUGAAGUAUGUUGACAAGCUCACUGGAUUGCGGGUCGAUUUGUCUUUCGAUAACGACAGUGGCUUGCUCGCCAAUGAGACAUUCAAGAAAUGGAAGGCGCAGUAUCCUAUGAUGCCGGUGAUCUUGGCCGUGAUCAAGCAGUUCUUACUGAUUCGCGGCCUCAACGAAGUCCCAACUGGUGGUCUCGGAGGAUUUUCGAUCACUUGCUUGGUUACGAGCCUUCUACAGCAUCUUCCCCAGGGCCAUGUGGAGCCAAAUCUGGGGAGCAUAUUGCUGGAUUUUUUCUCCUUGUACGGGCUCAAUUUCCCCUACGAGACGAUGGCGAUUCGGAUGGAUCCCCCUGGCUAUUUCACCAAGAAAUACUUUGGAAACCCUGAUCGUCUCACUAUUCAAGAUCCCAACAAUCCCGACAAUGACAUAUCGGGCGGUACAAAGGAGGUCGAAUUGAUCCUCAGAACCUUUGGCCAAGCUUUCGAUGCCCUGAAGAAACGCAUGCAGUACCUGGCACUUGUCCAAGGCCCCAAUCAGAGCAUCCUAGAACCUAUCAUUGCCGCGAACUUUGAUGAAUAUCUUGAACAGCGUUACCAACUUCGCCAUGUGUUUAUGACGGAAGAGAGGUUCGCUCGUUACCGGGCGCCUCCUCCUCCGCCGGCCGACGAAGCCUUUGUCCCCCCGCCGCCGUUGCCUGCCGGACCUCCUCCUAAGCGCGAGGUGCUUGCGCCCAAGGUACCUAAUCCCGCCAAGAAGGCUUCCACGAAGGCCAGCGCGAGUUCGAAGGGCACGCGAUCGGAGCCAGAAAACAUCUCCUCUGACGAGGAGCCCACCAAGAAGGAAGAAAAGUCGGCUCGAUUGCGAAGGGGAGAGACACGGCGCCAGGCGUGUCAAGAGCGUGCUGCCAGGCUCAAACGCCUGAGGCCCGAUCUGGAAAGAGUCCCGAAUACUCUUAGUCUCAGCCAAGCUCGCCGCCAUGCAGGCUAUGAGACUGAUGAGCAGAUGCUGGCUGACUUGGAUGCCAGGGAGAAGCUUAUCGGUUAG